AUGCAAAAUAAUAAAUUUGAUUUUACAAUUAUUAACGACCAUAAAUCACCAAAUACCUACAAAGUAGAAUUAAUGUUAAUAGAAUUAGGAGUUUCAUAUGAAUCAAUAUCAAUUAAUGAUUAUUUAAAGAAUAAUUCAAAUAAUAGAAUUCCAGCAUUAAUUGAUAAUACAUUUAAAGUACCAAAUAUUCUUUAUGAAAGUGGAUCAGUUUUAAUAUAUUUAGCCAAUAAAUUUUCAAAACUUUUACCAGACUUUAGAUUGAAUGCAACAUUACAAAAUAAUAAUUCUCAAAUUAUUUCAAAGAGUGUUUGGCAACUUGUAAAUUUAAUUCCAUCAUUUAAUAAUAAUAAUAAUAAUAAUAAUAAUAAUAAUAAUAAUAAUAAUAAUAAUAAUAAUGAAAAUGAAGUUAAAAAAGUAUUACAAUUAUUGGAUGAUAGAUUAUCAACAAAUCAAUAUUUAGGUGGUUCACAAUAUUCAAUUGCCGAUAUUAGCAAUUCAGUUUGGUUAUUACAUUUAUUAAAAAAUUCAAAUUCAAAUCAAAUCAUUUCUCGUUUUUCAAAUAUUAAUAAAUGGUUAGAAUUAAUAAACCAAAGAGAUUCUAUUAAAAAAUUAAAUAAUUUAAUGAAUAAUAAUUUUAAUAAUAAUAGUUUAAAUAAUUUAAAUAAUAAUGGAAUUAAAUUUUCAAAUGAUUUAGGUAUUGCAAUUAAUGCAUUAUAA